AUGACGAGUAUGGAUGCACUUUUUCGUCGUAUCAUUACAACUCAAUCAUUCGUACGUGGUUGGGGUAAUCCAUUACAUUUGCAAGAACUUUGUGCUAAUCGACGUGAGAAAGUUGCCGUAAGAAGUGAAUGUUUAAAACUUGUACCACCUGAAAGUAUUCAAGAAGAUACUAUUGAAAUUACCAAACAAGAAACAAAAGGUGAUCGGCACUAUAUAAAUGCGAAAUUUCGUUCACCACUUGCUAUUCAUCAUCCACAUUUGAUUCCACCGGAAGUAGCUACGGCACAUUUUCAACUUGUUUUGCCUCGUGAUCAUCGUCUCGGCAUUGAUUCAAUUCCAAUAGGAAUUUGUUAUCCAGGAACAGGUGAUCAAGGUUAUAGUCGACGACAACUUCUUACAGCAAAUCCACUUAUAAAACAGUAUCGUAUUGGUUCAAUUAUUCUUGAAAAUCCGUAUUAUGGUUUAAGAAAACCACAACAACAAAAUCGUUCAUCUUUAUCUUAUGUAACGGAUUUAUUAGUCAUGGGUGGUGCACUUAUGUUAGAAACUAUUGCAUUACUUCAUUGGUGUCAAAAAAUGAAAUUAACACCAGCUGUUCUACAUGGAUUUUCCCUUGGUGGACAUAUGGCUUCGUUAGCAUUUACGAAUUGGCCUGGUCCACUUUCCCUCUUAUCAUGUGCUUCAUGGUCAACAAGUUCAACAGCUUGGUGUGAUGGUGUACUUUCACGUACUAUUCCAUGGGCUUUAUUAAAACAACAAUUCUAUGAAAAUAAAGCAUACCAAACAUUUUAUGAAUACUUACGUGAAGGAAAUAAAUCAACGAAUCCAUCAAAUUUAGUUGUUGUCGAUCCUGUUAAAGAUAUGAUGCGUCUUAUUAUGGAUGAAUUUACAUCGUUAGAGAAAUAUUCACGUCCUGUUGAAUCGAAUAUUCCUAAUGCUAUGUUUAUUGUUUGUACAAAUGAUGGAUAUAUAUUACGUAAUGGUAUACCUGAUAUGAAUGAUGUUUGGCCUGGAUGUCUUGUUCGUUUUAUUCCUUAUGGACAUAUCAGUGCAUUUUUACUCAAUCAAUCAGUUUUUCAACAUGCUGUUGCUGAAAUGUUACAACGACAACAACCAAAUAUAAAAUUAAAAAAGAAUCCUGUAGUUUCACCUGUAACUAUGAGCACAUCUACUAAUACUAAUACGUAA